CACGGAGCCCCGCCCACUCGGGCCGCAAGGGCUGCCGGGACGGCUCCCAUCUUCUUUACGCGCGUUAGGCCAGUCGGCGGCGCUGGGAGGUCGGGUGUUUGCGGUCCCCGUUAGUGAUCCUGUCGCUUGAGUCUUCUGGACCGGGGCCUUCGAGGUAGCCACAAUGGCUGAAUGUGGUGAUAAUGAAAAAAUGGCUACCCUGGAGGCGAAAAUCUGUCAUCAAAUUGAGUAUUAUUUUGGUGAUUUCAAUUUGCCACGGGACAAGUUUUUAAAGGAACAGAUCAAACUGGAUGAAGGAUGGGUACCUUUGGAGAUCAUGAUAAAAUUCAACAGGUUAAACCGUCUAACGACAGACUUCAAUGUAAUAGUAGAAGCCUUGAGCAAAUCGAAAGCAGAACUGAUGGAAAUAAGUGAGGAUAAAACUAAAAUCAGAAGAUCUCCAAGCAAACCCCUUCCUGAAGUAACUGAUGAGUAUAAAAGUGACGUAAAAAACAGAUCUGUUUAUAUUAAAGGUUUCCCAACUGAUGCAACUCUUGAUGACAUAAAAGAAUGGUUAGAAGAUAAAGGCCAAGUACUAAAUAUUCAGAUGAGAAGAACAUUACACAAAGCUUUUAAGGGAUCAAUAUUUGCUGUGUUUGAUAGCGUUGAAUCUGCUAAGAAGUUUGUUGAGACCCCAGGCCAGAAAUACAAAGAAACGGAUCUGCUGAUACUUUUCAAGGAAGAUUACUUUGCCAAAAAAAAUGAAGAAAGAAAGCAAAAUAAAGUGGAAGCUAAAUUACGAGCUAAACAAGAGCAAGAAGAAAAACAAAAGUUAGCAGAAAAUGCUGAAAUGAAAUCUCUGGAAGAAAAGAUUGGAUGCUUGCUGAAAUUUUCGGGAGAAUUAGAUGACCAGACCUGUAGAGAAGAUUUGCAUAUCCUUUUCACAAAUCAUGGUGAAAUAAAAUGGAUAGACUUUGUCAGAGGAGCAAAAGAGGGGAUAAUUCUGUUUAAAGAGAAAGCUAAGGAUGCACUGGAUAAAGCCAAAGAUGCAAAUAAUGGUAACCUACAGCUAAGGAACAAAGAAGUGACAUGGGAAGUACUAGAAGGAGAUGUGGAAAAAGCAGCACUGAAAAAAAUCAUAGAAGAUCAACAAGAAUCUCUGAACAAAUGGAAAUCAAAAGGUCGCCGAUUUAAAGGAAAGGGAAAAGGAAAUAAAGCCACUCAGGCCAGUUCUGCUAAAGGAAAAGUACAGUAUCAGGGCAAGAAAACUAAAUUUGAUAGUGAUGAUGAACGCGAUGAAAAUGGUACCACUGGGCCAGUAAAAAGAGCAAGAGAAGACCUAGACAAAGAUGAACCUGCAUCAAAACAACAGAAAACAGAAAAUGGUGCUGGAGACCAAUAGUAAAUAAAUUUUUAAAAUUCAUUUUAACUAAGCUUUGCCGCUUUUUGGGGGAAGACUUUCAAAAAGAAAGACGAAUUAGGUCCACUUCAAUGUCCACCUGUAAGAAAGAAAAAUUGCUGUUUAACUUGCUUUGUUUAUUUUUGUUAUCCAAAUGAAGAUUUUUUUAAAAAAAAAAUAUAGCUCUGUUUGUGUUAUUUCAGAUGAUUCAAAUAUCAAGAUUAGAUGGCCUUUUAAAUAUGAGGGUUGUAUUACUACAAACUAAUAAAAUAUAUACUAUGUUAAGAGCAAAACCUUAGUUUCUUUCUCUCCUUUUUGUGCCUAAAGCACUUGAGAAAGUACUGGCUGUUAAUUUGGGCCUAUCCCAUAGCUGCUACUGGUAUACUUGUUUAUUUGACUUCAUAGUACUACAAGUUUUACAACUUAUUUUUUUUUACCAGAACACUGUUCAGUUCUGGCUCAUGGUGGUGUGGGGGAUUGAACCUGGGACGUUGGGAGUCUCAGGCAUAAGAGUCUGUUUGCAUAACCAUUGUGCUAUCUACCCUCCGCUCAGUUUUACAACUUUUUAUCAGUUCUGCAUGGAGCACGUUGGUGCCAUUCCCCACCCCCCCACCCCCCAAGAGCAUAUAUCCUCCCUCCUAUGUGUAUUAUAGUCAAGAUAUAUACAUUGUGGGAUAUUUUUGUUCUUGUUGCCAGUAGCGCCAAGUGGCUGGAACCUUUUUUAAAGAUAGAAUGCUAUGUGAUACAUAUAUAUGAUAGUGUAGCAUAAACAUGACUUUUUGUGCCCUACAAUAACAGACAUUCCACUGACUUGGUUUCCUGAGAUGGUCUGGAAUUUAAAAUAACUUAUUGCAGUUUUUUAGUACUAAAUGUAUAAUAGUCAAAAUUGAGACUUACUGAUUUCUUUUUAUGGAAUUUGUAUGAUGCUGGCAGGUCAUACCGAAGUUCUAUAAAAGAAAAAUCACCCAGGAUAAUUGCAUAUUCCAAAUAUUCACCACUCUCAAUUUACAACACAAACUAAGGCAGUGCUGAAUGUGCUGGUAAGCUGAACAAUUUAGACGUGCCAUUUAAACCUUACCAAAGAGUGACCUGAUGGAUUCCCAAGAUUAGCUAUCACACUGAGCGGACAUGCCAUUUUGGUUAUGAGAACCGCUCGCUAUUUGAGGUUUUGGUGAAGCACUUAGAAAGAUACUAAGUAGAAAACAAAAGUAUAUCAAAUUUUAGAGGAUCUAUUAUUUCCUGUCCUAUACCCGACAGCCUUAUAAAAUAGAUCACUUGGCCUACUAUGUACGUCCCAGCUUCAAACUCCAGCACAAUGUGGGUGGUGCCAGGGUACUGGGUGAGAGCUCUGGUGCUGUGGUAUUGUUGAUGUGUGUCCUCCAAUCUCAUUACUGAUAAUUUUUAGAGGGAUAAUUACCUAUAUCCUUCAUAUUUUGCAACAAAGUAUAAGCUUUCAAAUUUUAGUGUCUUCACAUCAUCUUCAGAUCACUCUUGUUGAAAUAGAUUUAAGUUCAGUACUUGGUAGAACCUGAAACUGCCAGUCUAAGAAGUCCCCAAUGUUGACAUUGAUAAAUUUGCAGACCACAUUUGGAAUACUUGGACUAUUAACUUGCUCCAAACUGCAUAUUCUAAACUAAGUUAAGAAUACUGAGUGUAAUGGGAGAAUGAUAGAUAUCUAGUUACAUAGCACAGUGCUAAGUCAUGGUCAGUUUAUUAUGUAAACUAUUUCCCUUUUCAAAAUUACUUGUAUUAUAGUUAGUAUCUAAGUAGAUUCUUUUUGCAUUUUUGAUGUUUAUGAAUAUAACCCAAUUUACUAAUAAAAAUGUAUAAAAGAUUUA